CUUCCUUUUCUUUUAAUUCUGCCACAUCCAGAGUCUAUAUCAGAAGAGUCAGCUCUCGGUCAAGCCAUUGAUCUUGGAUUAGGGGAUUUUGCGGCAUUUACUGGCAUUGAGCAAGAUCAAUUUAACGGUGAUUCAGAUAGUGAGGACGAUCGCUCUACUGUGCCAGCGAAAGACCGGACAGGACGCAAACCGUCGCUUGCUCGGUAUCGCGGAACAUUAGAAGCUCUAUCUAACGAACUCAGUUGUAUUAUGACGGACGCGAAUCUAGUUCAAUCGGGGCUGCCUUCGAGCAUCAAGUCAAUUCUGUAUGAGGAACAAAGCCGCUGCGCAUUUCGGCCUCGAUAA